AUGGGACAAGAAAUAUACGAGGUGGCUAGUCUGAGAUGGAACACUCUGUAUGAUGAGGAACGAGCAAAUGAAUACAUUUUCCACAAAUAUCAAAGUGGUGAUAAAACCACAUAUUUAUCCUCAGAAGUUGCCGCUGCCUUGGUCUCCCUAUCUCAGGGUCUCCCUCAGUACAAUUAUCCAGCACCCUCUCGGCUCCCAAGCGGAAGUUACGGUGCUCCCGGUAGUGGUUACAUCGGGGGUGGAGGAGGAGGAGGAAUCAUUAGUGGAGGUGGAGGAGGUAGUUACAUUGGGGGCGGAGGAGGAGGUGGAUACAUAGGAGGCGGAGGAGGAGGUGGAUACAUAGGAGGCGGAGGAGGAGGUGGAUACAUAGGAGGCGGAGUUAUCGGAAGUGGAAGCGGUGGUAUCGGGGGUGGAAGUGGUAUUGGAGGAGGCAUAGGAGGCGGUAUUGGAGGAAGUGGUGGAAUUGGAGGCGGUAUCGGAGGAGGUGGAGGAAUCGGAGGUGGUAUUGGAGUAGGUGGCGGAAUCGGAGGCGGUAUUGGAGGAGGUGGUGGAAUUGGAGGAGGUAUUGGAGGAGGUGGUGGUGCAGGAGGCGGUGGCGUUCUGGUGCAAAAACACAUUUAUGUUCACGUCGCACCUCCAGAACCAGAAGAAUUGAGACCACAAAGACCUAUAUCCCUUGGUCAAGGUACCAAGCACUACAAAAUCAUAUUCAUCAAGGCCCCAUCUGCACCUGCUCCAACUGCGCCGUCCUUUGCCCUUGGCGGCCAAAGCGAAGAGAAGACCUUGGUCUAUGUAUUGGUCAAGAAACCUGACGACGCAGCAGAUAUAUCUGUACCAACAGCAGCUCCUACUGCACCUUCUAAACCCGAAGUCUACUUCAUCCGUUACAAGGCCAAGAGUGAAGCUGUUGGAGGAGGCACUGGAUUCGAUGGAGCUGCCAAGAGUGAAGCUGUUGGAGGAGGCACUGGAUUCGAUGGAGCUGGUAAUAUCGGAGGAGGCACUGGAUUCGAUGGAGCUGGCAGACCUGGUAACAUUGGAGGUGGCACUGGAUUCGACGGAGCUGGCAAACCUUCUAUUAAUAUCGGAGGAGGCACAGGAUUCGAUGGAGCUGGCAGACCUUCUACUCAGUAUGGUCCUCCGGGAAAAAGCGGUCCAUACUAA